AUGUCUGCUUCCGAGGAAACCCUAACGGUGACAAUACCGCCGGCAGUUAAACAUGCUGCCUACUCUCCAACAAGCAGCAGCUAUGGCAGCGAAUUCUCAGAUGACACUCUCGGUGACCCGAAUGAGAAGGCCUUUCAGCAAAAGAUCAUCUCGUUAGAGCAACGCAUCGAGGACCUCGAGGCACAGCUCUACAACAGACCGAAGAGAUUUGCCUGGAUCAGGUACUUCAUCCUCGAUGUAUACCGUCGUCUCUUUUCACUGGUCUUCCUCGCCAACGUUGGCGUCUUCAUCGCCAUCAUGAUAACGGACCGGAAGCUCCUGGCUUUGGUCAACGCUACGGCGGCCAACUUGAUGGCAUGUGGCCUCGCCCGGCAGCCAUUAGUCGUGAACUCCAUCUUCAAAGCCGUCUGCUCCAUCCCCAGAUCCGCCCCGCUGAGACUGCGGCUGCUGGCUGCGAAAGCUCACCAUUACGGCGGUGUCCAUAGCGGCUGCGGCAUCGCCUCGCUCUUGUGGUACACCGGCUUCGUGGGGAUGAUGUCCCGGGAAUUCUGGUCGUCCGGCCAGACUUCCCCGAUAACGAUGCCAGCUGUCGUCCUCUCGUACAUCAUCCUUGCACUCCUCCUCGCCAUCAUCAUGGUGGCCUUCCCAACCUUCCGCGUCAGGAAACACGACUACUUCGAGCUCAUCCACCGCUUUUCCGGAUGGCUCGUGGUGGCGCUCUUCGUAGCCCUCCUCUUCGUCUUCUGCGACGACUUCAGCAAAGCCUCGCACCAGCCCCUCGGCAUCUUCCUCGUCAAACUCCCCGCUUUCUGGUUCCUCGUCAUCACCGUCAUGGCCAUCGUCCACCCCUGGCUCCUCCUCCGCAAAGUCCCUGUGGAAGCGGAAUACCUCUCCUCCCACGCCAUAAGACUCCACUUCUCCCACACCUCCACUUCCUUCGGAAAGGGCAUCCAGGUCUCCACUCACCCGCUUAGAGACUGGCACGCCUUCGCAACAUUCCCCGAUAUAGACGGGAAGGGCUUCUCCAGUGUGGUCUCGAAAGCAGGCGACUGGACCGCCGCCUGCAUCGCAAAUCCACCCACUCACCUCUGGAAACGAGGCGUGCUCAUCCACGGCUUCGCGUACGUUAUGCGUGUCUUCCAACGCAUUAUCGUCGUCACUACGGGAUCCGGUAUGGGUCCCUGUCUGUCCUUCCUGGGUGAUGAGAAUCGCCCCGAUAUCCGCGUCGUCUGGCAGACGCGCUCCCCGCUCAAGACAUAUGGCCAGGGCGUCCUGGACAUGGUCGCCAUCCUGGAUCCUAACGCGAUAGUCAUCGACACCGAUCGCUCAGCACGCAUCGAUAUGGUCCCUAUCAUUCGACGGCUGGUUAAGGAGCAUCGCGCCGAGGCUGUUUGUGUUGUCAGUAACCCCGUCGUUACCACGAGGGUUGUCUAUGAACUUGAGAAAACGGGGACGCCUGCUUUUGGGCCCAUUUUUGAUUCUUAA